CGCCGUGAAACGUAAGUGGCGCGGACAAUCAAAGCGAACAACAUUGCUAAUAUCAGUUUGUUGGGGGGCUUUCUGCUAAGCCAAUUUGUGAAAUCAGCGUCAGAUACAAAGACCUUCUCAGCUACUCAGUGACUCAGUGUAAAGCGCCGGGAAUAACGUUUAGUUUGCAUAUUUUAUUACUCAAGUUCAUUUUCACGAUCGCAUUUAAGUGUUGAGCGUGUUAAAUAUAAUAAUUCUUAAUUAUUUUUUAACAAUAGAAAUCGCGAUUUGUGUAAACUCUGCAUCAUAAGUCUACUAAGACUAGCUAAAUACUUGAAAGGUUAAUCCAUUAGCCGAUUUAUUGAAAAUUGUUUACGAAGCUCUACAGUGAGCACUUAUCGUCAGCUCUAACACCUAGAAGUAGGUUACAGUUUUCUUUCUGGUGUGGGCAGCGGGAAGAAUCCGGACAGAAGAUAUAUUGAGGCUGCAGUAAUAAGUCAAAGCGGCCGCAAAAGCUGCAGUGGUCGAGAUCGAAGACAACGAUUUGGAGUGUAGUAUAGGCGAAUAUGUAGCAGAGAAUGUGCACCGCUGGUCUUGCUGCCGGCGUCUUAUUCCUGUUGUGUGUCGUUAACAGCGUCAACUCCUUCUCAAAGUAUGGACGCGGCUGCAACGACAUUGGCUGCUUGCCCACCGAGGAGUGCGUCAUCACCAGCGACUCGUGCAGCUACACGCAGCGCGAGGGCAAGGACUGCGGCAGCUACCCGAAAUGUCAGCGCAAAUCUGGCUCCAGCUCAUCGUCAUCGGCGCCAGUUAAUCCGUCAGUGAGCACCGGCACUACACACAACUCGUACAAUCCGAGCGCUCCGGUGCCCGAUCUUGGUGAUGGCAACAGCGGCGGCAAUGCUGGUGGUGGUUUCGGUGGUGGCGGUUCCGGUGGACACAGUCUCUAUCCCACUUUGCCCAAUAGCCCGCCUGCAGGCGCACCCAAUCCUUACGGCGGCUACCAACCACAACCGGGUGGAUAUCAGCCACCAGCAGGCGGCUACCAGCCACAACCGGGUGGAUAUCAGCCACCAGCAGGCGGUUACCAGCCUGGAGGUUAUCAACCCGGCGGCUAUCAACCUGGUGGCUACCAACCCGGUGGCUACAAUCCCAAUGCUGGUGGAGGCGGUGGUUACGUGCCAAAUGCGCCAGGUUAUGGUGGCGGCAGUACUCCACAGAAACCGAAAGACAAGGAAGGCGGUGGCUUCUUCUCCAGCUUCUUCUCCAAUCCGGCGGUAAGUCAGGCUGUAUCCGGUAUUAUUGCAGGCCAAAUAACAAAGAGCUUGCAAGGAGGCGGCGGCGGCGGAGGUGGCGGCGCUAAUGGUGGCGCAAAUGGCGGUUACCAACCCAGCGGUGGCUACCAACCAAGUGGUGGUUAUGGUGGAGGUGGCAGCGGCAGCUCAGGUAGCGGUUCGUCAGGCAGCAACAUACUCGGUGGUCUACUAGGCAGCGUGUUGGGUGGUGGAGGCGGUACCAACGCUGGAACUAGCAGCAGCGCCAGCAACUUCUUGGGUAGUCUUCUUAGCGGUGGCGGCGGCAGCAGUGGUGGUAGUAGUGGUGGCGGUAGCAGUGCCAGCAAUUUCUUGGGCAGCUUGCUUAGCGGUGGUGGCGGUGGCGGUAGCAGCGCCAACCGCGCUGGCGGCAGCAAUCCGAUUAGCGAAAUUUUGGGAUCCCGCAACUUUGGCGGUCUCUUCAGUGAGAAUCCUUCAUCCAGCUCCUCCGGAUCAUCCGGUUCGUCUUCGAGCUCUCAGGGUCCCAAAAGCUAUCCCACUCAAGCGCCAAUGAACUACUACGGUUAAUAUGACGGCGAAAAAGACGAAGCAGAGAAAGUAAAAAUAAGAGAAGCUACAUUUCCAUUAUACUCGUUGUUUCAGUUAAAUGAUAUUCUUUUUUUACUAACAGGGCAGCUAAGAUUUAUUUCAAUUUACACCAAAUAAUAUAUACUCUAACUAAAUGUAGGCAAAAGAUAAUAAUUUUACUAAAGAAAAGUAUAAACAUUAACGGUAAUCAAAGAGCAAGACAUUUUUCGAAAUUGAGAAAACUGUGGCUGGAGUGGCACAGAAAUGAGAACACCUUCAGCGAAGAGUAAUGUAGUAAUGUAGUAAUGUAUAUAUAUACUCGCUUAAAUAAUAAAACAGAUUUUAGAAACUAAUAAAUAAAGGCGAAAAUACAAAAUGUACUCAUAGUUCGUAGAGCGAAAAUGAUUUUUUAACUGUAAAGCUAUAUUAUUUGAGAACUGCUGCAAUAACUCGCAAGAAGGCUAGCAAAAAGUUGACAUACAAUAAUUUUACCAAUCAAUUAAUAUAUAAAAAUGUACAUAUAGACGAAGCAUAUAUACAAACAAAAACGAAAAUGUCUUUAGAGAAGUGUUCACUUGAAUGCAAUAAUUUUUAAUUUUCAUAACUUCGUACGUAAAGAAGAGAAUUGGUUUGAAUAUCGAAGGAAUUCUGAAAUGUAAAUAAAUAGCUGAAAUCAAAUAAAUAAACGAAAUUAUAUAAAACAUAUGUAUUUAAACAAAAA